GAGUGGUCUGCUCUGAUGCUGGCGCACUGGAACCGCGAUCGCUCCUCGCGAGGCCGCUACGUUGCGCUCGUGGUCGGCUACUUCUUCAACCGCAUCGUCUACCUCGGCCAUCUCGUCUACUUCGCUCCCGACUUCAGCACACCCACCACGGGGCGCGAGGCCGUCUGCCUGUGGACGCUGCGACUACUGCACGCCCUCAUGUGCGUCUGGUUUGCCCAGCUGCUCGGGAAGCGCUCAAAGUACAGCUGGAGCUGGCACGGCGGCAGUGCCGCGUAUCAGCAGGCAAAGCAGCAGGAGGAGGCAACGCCGGCGCCGGAGCCAAAGGCGGCAGCACCGCCGCCGGCAAAGGCGGAGCCUUUCCCAGUCUCGGAGGAGAAGGCCGCACUGAUGCCGCGCGCGGGCUCGCCGCGCGAGCCGCUUGCCGCUUGCUCGCCUAACAGCGAGACGCGCACCCGACGCAAGACGCUGAUGGCGCAGUGAGGGAGAACGGACGCGCUCUCCUCCAUAGUCCGUACAGGUACAGGAUGGUCUCGCUCUCGGGGAAGGGAACUACAUGUAAGGGAUAAGGGCGCCGGUGUCGAUGACAUGUGUUGGUGUCGAGUGCGGGAGGGGGAGUGUCGAUGCUGGCAUGUGGUGGGGCGCAUGAGGUUCUUUUCCAAACGACUAGGUAUGUAUCCUCGAGC